AUGCUAGAUCUCCAUACACUGCCAGAGGGCACACGCCCUGAGAACGCCAUCCACAACAACGGCCCCGACAAUCUCGUUCUCGAGCGCGCAAAGCUGCGUGAACUUGCCGAGGGAUGGCCUUGUUACCGUGACGCCUCCGAGUGGGCAAACUUCGAAUCAAUAUUCCACCCCAACGCCUUCGUCUACACCACCUGGUCCGGCCGGGUCAGCUACAAGGACUUCAUCGCUGCGUCCAAGGCCGGAAUGGAUAAAGGGGCGUUUAUCAUGCACAGAUGCCACGGGGUUACUAGCGAUAUCACCCCCGACGCAACCCGUGCCGUGACGAAGAUGAAGGCGACCAUUACGCAGCGCUUCAACAUUGAAGGUGCUGAAGUCGAUGCAGAGGCAGACUGCCGCUUCUGCUUUUUCUUUGAAAAGGCAGAUGGUAAAUGGGGAGCGCGGUUUGUGAGACAUUGGUAUGAGAAGGAUAAAUUAAUUCCGGUUGUUCCUGGGCGGUUUCCCAGUAUCGAUGUUGAGAAGUUGAAUUCGUAUCCUGAGGGAUAUAAAUGUUUGGCAUAUUGCCAGGAGGCGACCAUGGGAGUGACGGUCCUGAGGGAUAUGCCUGGACAUAGAAGGCAUGUUGGGACGGUGAAUGGGGAGAAGCAUGAUCUGUUGUAUAGACUGGCGAAAGACUGGCUGGACGGGAAGGAGAUUGAUGUCUAG